AACACCCAGCAACCUCUGGGAUACCUCGUCCCCAUUACCCACCCGCUCUGGAACGCACCUAGCUCUUUUGCCCUUUGAUAACUAAUUUAGCUCUCUUUUGAUAUUAUCUCACGUUCAUUCCACCUGUGAGCUAGUCCCUUUGCUGCCGCCAGCUUAGCUCUUUGCUAAUCCUCCUUGGCAGCUAGCUUUCUUAUUCGCUUCGUUUGUUUUGCUUCAGGACAACACAGCUUAUUAUCAUGGCUGAAGAUGACGCUGAAAAGGCCUUUUUCCAGGCCCAGGCAAUGAAUGCAGAUACUGUGAGCUACAAUACUGUUGAGGAACAAGGUGCAGAUAGUUCAGAUUCAGAUGAUUAUGACCCUUCAAAAACGCUGCAAGAUCAAUUUUCUGCUCCUUUAACAGACUCCAAGCAAGAUGAAAUACAAGAGUCUCCCCCAGUUACUGCACAAUCGGCUUCAGGCACUCCUCAGCACGGUUCAGUACCGCCGGAGAAUGGUUCGAAUCAGCCUCUUAGUGGUAACUACCCGUCCGAGACGCCGUCCAGGACUGAGUCGAGAGCUUCAGCAUCUAUGCCUCCAUCCAAUACCCAUGUGCAACCGAAGACCCGAACAAUAGGGGGCUUUGUCGUUGAGGAUGAUGAGGAGGAUGACAAGGGCGAUACUGAGUAUGAGCCACCGGCCGUACUGGGCGGUGGUGAAGAUGUGGGAACUGUUUCUGCAGGCGUACCUGAGCAGGCUGUCUCUGAAAAUGCAAAUCAAAAUACUUCUACCUCUGAUGUAUCAGUACAGCAGGCCGCACCAGACCUGUCCACCUCGAAAGAUGUUUUCAAUAACUCCUAUUCUCCUCCUGUUCCUGCUCCACAAAAUGAUCCUUCUCUUGUUCCUGGUCAAGAUCUGUACAAUCCCUUGGCUAUGCAGGGCGGACUUGCAAGUAACAGCCCUGUGCCAACCCCUCCGGCUGCUACUGCCGAGUCUUCCUCUACAGGUCGGCUGCCCCACGAUCGUGUUGGCAUACUGGAGGAUAGGAUCCAAGAAGACCCUCGCGGAGAUAUUCCUGCAUGGCUUGAGCUCAUCAACGAGCAUCGCAGUCGCAAUAAGAUCGACAACGCCCGUGAGGUCUAUGAGCGUUUCUUCAAAGUCUUUCCUCAAGCGGCGGAUCAAUGGGUCUCAUAUGCCAAUAUGGAGUCUGAAAACAACGAACUUUACCGUCUAGAGCAGAUCUUCAACAGGACGCUUCUCGCAACCCCCAGUGUUCAGCUGUGGUCUGUCUAUCUUGACUAUGUUCGUCGCCGUAACCCCUUAACAACAGACACCACAGGUCAGGCCAGACGAAUUAUAUCGUCUGCUUAUGAUUUUGCGCUUCAGAAUAUUGGUAUCGAUAAGGAUUCAGCUCCUAUCUGGGUGGAUUACGUCCAGUUCAUACGUUCAGGCCCGGGUAAUAUUGGGGGUUCUGGCUGGCAGGACCAGCAGAAGAUGGACCUAUUGCGGAAGGCUUACCAGAAAGCGAUCUGUGUACCUACUCAUGCUGUAAACACUUUCUGGAAGGAGUAUGAUCAGUUUGAGAUGGGUCUGAAUAAACUUACUGGUCGCAAAUUUCUCCAGGAGCGCUCUCCUGCAUAUAUGACCGCGCGGAGCUCAUACACUGAGCUCCAGAAUAUCACGCGUGAUCUUAUCCGUACUUCGUUACCUAGGCUACCUCCUAUUCCGGGCUCAGAAGGAGACGUGGAGUUUAAUCAGCAGGUCGAGAUAUGGAAGCGUUGGAUUGACUGGGAGAAGAGCGACCCAUUGGUUCUCAAAGAAGAAGAUAUUGCAGGUUUCAGGGCGCGUGUAUUGUAUGUCUACAAGCAAGCGCUGAUGGCCCUGAGAUUCCUGCCCGAAAUAUGGUUUGAGGCGGCGGAGUUCUGCUUCCAGAAUGAUAUGGAAACAGAAGGGAAUGAGUUCUUGAAGCAAGGAAUAGACGCCAACCCAGAGAGUUGUCUGCUUGCAUUCAAGCGGGCUGAUCGCCUUGAGAUUACGUCGGAAUCAGAACAAGACCCGAAGAAGAGAGGUGCCAAAGUAAGGGAACCUUACGACAAAGUUCUCGAUGCGCUCUAUGACUUGAUCAAUAAGGCUCGCACCCGCGAAGCGCAAGACGUCGCUCGUAUUGAAGAAACCUAUGCCAACGCUCAACCAGAGAACCUGCCUGUUCAGGAAGAGGACGAGGAUGAGGACCGUGGGAGUGAAUCAAAGGCGAAGGAGUCUGCGAAAAAGGCCCAGAUUGACGCGGUGCGGAAAGCGCAUGCUGUGCAAAUCGGGAUUCUUUCUAAGACAAUAUCCUUCGCGUGGAUUGCUCUGAUGCGCGCGAUGCGUCGUAUUCAAGGAAAGGGCAAGCCUGGUGAAAUGGCUGGCUCAAGACAGAUAUUUGCGGAUGCUCGCAAACGUGGCCGGAUCACCAGUGACGUCUAUAUCGCCAGUGCUCUCAUUGAAUAUCACUGUUAUAAGGAUCCGGCAGCGACGAAGAUCUUUGAGCGUGGUGCAAAGCUGUUCCCAGAAGAUGAGAAUUUUGCUCUCGAAUAUUUGAAACAUUUGAUUGAUAUCAACGACGUCACGAAUGCGAGAGCGGUAUUUGAGAUGACUGUCAGGAAGCUGGCAUCCAAUCCAGAGAACGUCCACAAGGCAAAACCCAUUUUCGCCUUCCUUCACGAGUAUGAGUCCCGAUACGGCGACUUAGUCCAAGUGGUCAAUUUGGAGACGCGGAUGCGCGAGCUAUUCCCUGAGGAUCCGGCCUUAGCACACUUUUCGCACCGCUAUUUGACGUCCACUUUCGAUCCUACAGCAGUCCGACCGAUCAUAUCACCCUCUCAAGCGAGACCAAAGACGCUGGUAACAACCGAGCAGGUCACUGACGCACCUGUUCCACGGUAUGCCGACGCGCCGUCGACGAGUUCUCCCAAGCGGGCAUUCCCGCUUGACGAAUUGGACGAUGAGAUGGGAAGACCCCGUAAAUUUAUCCGCGCAGAGUCACCGCUCAAAGCCGCGGCCGCUCGACGCGUCGAUCAACAGAAACAGACCCAAGUGGUCAACGGCGGAAUUCAGAGCAGAGCGCAGUACAGACCCCAGUCCUCUGCAGCCCCUUUACCUCGCGAUGUCGUCUAUCUUCUUAGUAUAAUCCCCCCUGCUUCUGCGUACAAUGCUGGCAGGUUUUCCCCUGAAAAGAUGGUGGAUCUCCUCCGAAGGAUCGAUAUUCCUUCGUCCAUAUCACAGUUACCCAAUGUCUCGCAGGCUAUGUAUGGAAUGCCAGCUGGACAGACGCAAGUCCUUGGGAUGCACCCUUCAACUGGUCAAUACCGUUAGUUCGCACUGUAACGGAAGAACCAAGCAUAGGGGCGCCCUUAAGGAUACUAUGGCCCUCGUACUAGCUCAAUCUCGACUACAACUCCUCGAUCAGAUUUUCUUGUUUGUCAUGCUUUGAUGUUAUUGAAUGUAAAUGGACAUCACCAUAUGCACCUAAAACAGGCACACCUGCAUGCGAAGUGAACGGCGUUGUUUGGUUUGGUGUUCUUUCUCUUUUUCUUUUCUUUUCUUUUUU